UACACGAGAUAGAGGAAGCCUUGAAGAAAUAAGAAGACGAAGAAGCAUUCAAAGUGCUCGUCUGGGAAUAGUCUUCUGUUCCUUGUAGUGUUCAUCAUAACCGACCCGUCACAAUGACAACGAUCAACUGCUCUCGAUCUGUUCCACCUGAUGUUACAGUCAAUGAUUCUGUUCUAUCAAUUGUCUUCACAUAUUUGGCUUUAUUUAUUCUGGCAUUUGUUGGAAAUGUCACAAUGUUCCUGAUUUUAUGUCGAAAUCAACUGGUAAAAGUUCGACGGGUGCAUUCGUUGCUUCUACACAUGAAUAUUGCUCAUUUACUUGUCACUCUUGUUGUCAUGCCAAAGGAGAUUCUGCAUAACUACAUGGUUGCUUGGUUUGCAGGAGAUGUUAUGUGCCGAAUUUGCAAGUUUUUCGACGUCUUCGCAAUUAGUUUAUCAAUGAAUGUGCUCAUUUGCAUUACCCUAGACAGAUUCUACUCAAUAUUUUUUCCGUUAUAUGCGAUGAGAGCCCGUAAAAGUGUCCAACGAAUGGUAUCAUUUGCAUGGACAAUCUCAUUUGUCACUUCUGCUCCACAACUGUAUCUCUUUAAAACUGCAACUCAUCCGUGCUUCGAUUGGUACACACAGUGUGUUUCCAAAAAUUUCAUUGGAGAAUUGUCGAAUGAUGUAGUCUUUUUCUUCUCAAUAGUAAAUAUAAUUCAAGUCUACAUUGCACCUUUAUUUGUUACCGUCGUCUGUUAUUCCCUAAUUCUAUGGAGAAUCUCAAGAAAGUCGAAGCUGGUCGGGGAGAAGGAAUCUGAAAAAUCCUCAGAACUGCUUCUCCGUCGAAAUGGUCAGAACAACUUGGAGAAGGCGAAAAGUCGAACUCUAAAAAUGACAUUUGUAAUAGUUUUGGCAUUUAUUUUCUGCUGGACUCCCUACUCAAUUCUCAUGUUUCUUCACUUUCUUCGUCAUACUGAUUGGAUUCCGAAGGAUAUUCGAAAGUUUAUUUAUGCAUUUGCAGUUUUGAAUUCUGCAAUUUCUCCAUAUCUUUAUGGUUAUUUCUCAUUUGAUAUUCGAAAGGAGCUCCAAUUAUUAUUUGCAUGUUCUAAAGCAACUGCAGCUGAUCGUCAUUUAUCUUGUUCAGCGAAUGUUAGCAGAAAUGUCCAUUCUUCUUCAGAAAUCAAGUCACUGAGAGAAUGCGCAAACGGAGUGCAUCGGCCUGUAAUUUUGACGGCGGCAAAACAAAUAACACAUUAUCGCCACGACCUCCCCGUGGACACAGUUUAAGGCAUAAACCAAGUUCGUCAGGAAUUGAUAAACGAAAUCAUAAUGUUCAAUUAGAAAUUAUUGAUUUUUGAUCUCCAUGUUUUUUUCUAAUUUCUAGAAUUUUUUGAAAUCUUGCAUAUACUGUUAAAACCAGCGUUGCACAGAAAAAGAGGCGGAGUAUAUUUUCGCAAUCAUGCGGCACGGUUUUUCCAACUUUUUUUGAAUCAGUUUUAACAGUAUACAUUGCUCCAAAAAGUACACCUUCAUGCGAAUUGUGAUACGGUUUUAUAGUUUUUAAUAAAUUAUUUUCCAGUUGU